AAUGAUAAUAAUGACUUUGAAAUUCUGUUUAUUCCUUGAUAACCCACUGAGCAAAACAUAGUGACAAAGUGCGAGUAAUUUCCAAUCAUUUAUGGUCGAACUUGCCUCUGUCUCCGAGCAUCGGCGCUUUAUCUGAAUUAACAAACAUAUUUGAUAAGAGUAAUAGUUACAAUCGUCUUGAAGUUUGGAUAAUUUCUAAUAUUCUUUAAUAUAACUGCACAGCAACAAUGGGAAUUGUUUCAAAAGGCGUUCUGGGAUUAGUUUUAGCAAUUAUCACUUACAUAGUUGUAGCGAUUAAUAAGGCGAGUUACAUACCAGAGGUGCCGAUUUAUCCUGAAACAUGGUGGGGCAAAGGAGAUCCAGCUAAAGAAGACACUUCAAUUAAACCGUUUAAAGUCGAUGUUUCCAAACAAAUUUUGGAUGAUCUUAAAGAUCGUUUAGAUCGCGCGCUGCCUCUUCAACCUCCUUUGGAAGGUGUGAAACAAAACUAUGGGAUGAAUUCGAAUUUGCUACAAAAAAUCGUUGACUACUGGAAAAAUGACUACAACUGGACUGAAAGACAAUUGCUUCUAAACCAGUACCCUCAUUACUCAACUAGUAUACAGGGCCUGAAAAUACACUUUAUCCACGUGAAACCCUCGAUAAGUAAAGAGUCAAAUGUUAAAGUCCUUCCUUUAUUGUUGGUGCAUGGAUGGCCCGGUUCUGUCCGGGAAUUUUACGAAAUAAUUCCAAUUUUAUCCAAGCCUCAACCGGGUAAGCAUGAAAAACUCCCCAAUUUAUAUUCAAAUGAGACUGCGAUUUUCCCCUUGGAUUUUUUAGGAAGGAAAGUGGUAUUUGAGCUAAUCAUACCAAGCUUGCCGGGUUAUGGAUUCUCAGAAGCAACAAGCAAACCAGGAUUAUCAGCCGAACGAAUCGGGCAAAUUUUGAAAAAUCUUAUGAUAAGAUUGGGGCAUGAAAAAUUCUACGCACAGGGUGGAGAUUGGGGUUCCAUCAUUACCUCACACAUGUCGGUGUUAUAUCCGAAUAAUCUACUGGGUCUUCAUUUAAAUAUGUGCGCUUGUAUAGCAAAGUUAUGCAGCUUGAAGCAAUGGUUAAUUGGAACCAUAUUUCCUUCCUUGAUUGCCACUGAAGAAGAGAUGCCUUUCUUCGCUCCAGUGGUCACGAAAGCCGCAGAAGUUUUUCUCUUAGAAAUGGGAUAUUUACAUAUUCAGUCCACUAAACCAGAUACCGUAGGUGUUGCUCUUCGAGACAGCCCUGUUGGACUCGCUGCCUACAUUCUGGAAAAGUUCACCACAUGGACGAAUAGAAAAUGGAAAAACUUGGAAGAUGGAGGUCUAACUAAGAAAUUCACUCUGGAUCAAUUACUGGAUAACGUGAUGAUUUACUGGGUAACUCGAUCCAUUACAACUUCUCAAAGACUUUACUCAGAAACCUUCAACAAAAACAUGGCUGGUUAUGGAUUAAACGACAUUCCUUCCAAAGUCUCCACUGGUUGUGCGAGAUUUGCCAACGAAAUAACCAUUCAUCCGGAGUCGUUGUUGAGAUACAAAUAUCCCAAAUUAAUACAAGCACCGAUUUAUGCAGAUGGUGGCCAUUUCGCAGCCUCUGAAGUUCCCGAGGUGUUAGCCAAGGAUAUUUAUGAUUUUAUUGAGAAAAUCUUGUAGAAUUUCAAUAAAAGUUUUUAAUUCA